UUUUAUACCCAGUUGUAUUGGACUUACAAUCGCUAAAGUACAACUUUUAUUUUCAUUAGUUUACUUGUAAGAGUUCUUUUACGACGACGGUCAGCUAUUUGUCUUGAGGAUCGUCGAGAACACAAAGCGCUUAUUGAGAUUAAACUGGGUGAUAAAUAAAAUUCUAAUUAAAAAAUGAAUCAGCAACUAACUAUUUCCCUGGUGGUCACCGUUAUUGUAGGUCUAUUAGCACUUACCUCUGUAAAUGGAUUUCCCGAUGGAGCGCCGGUCGAUGUAUGUGUUAAAGAACGACCGAAUCAGCCCUAUCAUGGUCAGUUUCGUUCACAGCCUGCUAACACCAGCCCUUAUCAGAUUAUAGCCUCAUCAAAAGAUUACGCACCUGGAAAACAAAUUAGUGUCAGCAUAAAGGGAGAUACUUUCAAGGGUUUCUUCAUACAAGCUAGAGAUUCGCGCACUCAUGCAUGGAUAGGUAGCUUCGCAACAACACCCAACACCAAAGUUUUCGAUGAGUGCAGUUCAGUAACUCACGCCGAUUCAAAAGAUAAACAAGAAGCUACAUUAAUUUGGAACUCUCCAACCAAGGGACAGGGUCAAGUCUACUUCACUGGUAGUAUCUUGAAGGAUUACUCGACUUUCUGGGCAGAGUUGAUUUCUCAAUAGAAAUUUCUUACGAACUUUAGAUGACGAUAUACUUUUCCAUGUAAAGCAGGAUUUUAUGAAAUAAUUUCGUCAUCGAAGAAAUAAAGUUACCUUUUAUAAAUAUAUAUAUUAACGUUGAAUAAGAUACUCGUAAAAUCAAUUAAAGUUAUAAGUUUAUAAAUAUAAGU